GCCCAGAGGGAGAGCGCCCACCCCACUGCCCUACCCACAGCCAGGCCCCCAGGGCAGACACAAGCCUGCCCUCCCCUCCUGCACUGGGAGCUCUGGAAGGAGCAGCUCAACAAGCCCAAGGCCCCAGGGCUCAGCUUCCGCCCUCAGCUUCCCCCUUCUGCCAAGAGCCCUGAGCCAUUCACAGCACCACCAGAGCACCACCUGUCUGAGGCAGGUCUUUUAUGCUGAGAUGCUACUGCCGCUGCUGCUGUCCUCACUGCUGGGCGGGUCCCAGGCUAUGGAUGGGAGCUUCUCAAUCCAAGUGCAGAUGUUGGUGACAGUGCCACAGGGCCUGUGUGUCUCUGUGCCUUGCAACCUCUCCUACCCACGAAGGGACUGGACAGAGUCUACCCCAGCUUAUGGCUACUGGUUCCGAGAAAGGGCUGAGACAAGCGAGGAUGCUCCAGUGGCAACAAACCACCCGGAUCGAGAGGUGGACAUGAGCACCAGGGGCCGGUUCCAGCUCACAGGGGAUCCCGGCAAGGGGAGCUGCUCCUUGGUGAUCAGAGAUGCGCAGAUGCAGGACACGGGAGGGUACUUCUUUCGGGUGGAGAGAGGAAGCUAUGUGAAAUUCAACUUUUUGAACAGUUUCCAUCUAAAAGUAACAGCCCUGACUCAGAAGCCCGAUGUCUACAUCCCUGAGACCCUGGAGCCCGGGCGGCCGGUGACGGUCAUCUGUGUGUUUAACUGGGCCUUCGAGAACUGUCCACUCCCUUCUAUCUCCUGGAUGGGGGCUGCCCUCUCCUCCAGAAGAACCAGACCAAGCAGCCCCCAUUUCUCAGUGCUCAGCUUCAUGCCCAGACCCCAGGACCAUGACACCAACCUCACCUGCCAAGUGGACUUCUCCAGAACGGGUGUGAGUGCACAGAGGACCGUCCGACUCCACGUGGCCUACGCCCCCAGAGAUGUUGUUAUCAGCAUUUCCCGUGACAACGUGCCAGCCCUGGAGCCCCAGCCCCAGGGAAAUGUCCCAUACCUGGAAGCCCAGAAAGGCCAGUUCCUGAGGCUCCUCUGUGCUGCUGACAGCCAGCCCCCCGCCACGCUGAGCUGGGUGCUGCAGGACAGAGUCCUCUCCUGGUCCCACCCCUGGGGACCCAGAACCCUGGGGCUGGAGCUUCCCCAGGUGAAGGCCGGGGAUUCAGGCCGCUACAUCUGCCGUGCGGAGAACAGGCUUGGCUCCCAGCAGCGAGCCCUGGACCUCUCUGUGCAGUAUCCUCCAGAGAACCUGAGAGUGAUGGUUUCCCAAGCAAACAGGACAGUCCUGGAAAACCUUGGGAACGGCACAUCCCUCCCGGUCCUGGAGGGCCAAAGCCUGCGCCUAGCCUGUGUCACCCACAGCAGUCCCCCAGCCAGGCUGAGCUGGACCCGGGGGGGACAGACCCUGAGCCCCUCCCCACCCUCAGACCCCGCGGUCCUGGAGCUGCCUCGGGUUCAAAUGGAGCAUGAAGGAGAGUUCACCUGCCACGCUCAGCACCCACUGGGGUCCCAGCACGUCUCUCUCAGCCUCUCUGUGCACUACCCCCCACAGCUGCUGGGGCCCUCCUGCUCCUGGGAGGCUGAGAGUCUGCACUGCAGCUGCUCCUCCCAGGCCAGCCCGGCCCCCUCUCUGUGCUGGUGGCUUGGAGAGGAGCUGCUGGAGGGCAACAGCAGCCAGGACUCCUUCGAGGUCACCCUCAGCUCAACUGGGCCCUGGGCCAACAGCUCCCUGAGCCUCCGUGGAGGGCUCAGCUCUGGCCUCAGGCUCAGUUGUGAGGCCUGGAAUGUCCAUGGGGCCCAGAGCGGCUCCAUCCUGCAGCUGCCAGAUCAGAAGGGACUGGUCUCAAAGGAAUUCUUCAUCGGAGUGGUUCUGGGAAUCAUGAUCAUGGCUCUUCUUUUCCUCUGCCUCUCCCAGAUCAUCAUGAAGAUUCUACUGAAGAAGCAAACUCAGGCAGAGACCCCAAGGCCCAGAUUCUCCCGGCACAGCACCAUCCUGGAUUACAUCAAUGUGGUCCCGAAGGCCGGCCCCCGGGCUCAGAAUCGGAAUGAGAAGGCCACAUCAAGCAGCCCUUCUCGGACACCUCCUCCACCAGGUGCUCCCUGCCCAGAAUCAAAGAAGAACCAGAAAAAGCCAUAUCAGUUGUUCAGCUGCCCAGAACCCAAAUCAUCCACUCAAGCACCAGAAUCCCAGGAGAGCCGAGAAGAGCUCCAUUAUGCCACGCUCAACUUCCCAGGACUCAGACCCAGGCCUGAGGCCCGGAUGCCCAAGGGCACCCAGGCGGAUUAUGCGGAAGUCAAGUUCCAUUGAGGGUCUCUUGGGCUUUAGGACUGGGACCUCGGCUAGGGAAGAAGGUAAAGUAAUAAAGAAUUUGAAGAUAAUAGAGUGCAAAGUCUCCCUCCCUCCCUCCCUCCCUCCCUCCCUCUCUCUCUCUCUCUCAUUUAAAAAAAAAAAGCCUCCAAGUGGGCUGGGUGUGGUGGCUCAUGCCUGUAAUCCUAGCACUUUGGGAGGCCAAGGCGGAUGGAUUGCUUGAGCCCAGGAGUUUGAGAUCAGCCUGGUCAACAUGGUGAAACCCUGUCUCUACAAAAAGUACAAAACAUAACUGGACGUGGUGGUGUGUUCCUGUAGUCCCAGCUGUCAGAGGCAUUUGAACCAGAGGAACUCCAUCUGGAACAGGAGCUGCGUAAAAUGAGGCUGAGACCUACUGGGCUGCAUUCUCAGACAGUGAAAGCAUUCUAAGUCACAGGAUGAGACAGGAGGUCGGCACAAGAUACAGGUCAUAAAGACCUUGCCGAUAAAACAGGUUGCAGUAAAGAAGCUGGCCAAAUCCCACCAAAGCCAAGAUGGUGACGAGAGUGACCUCUGGUUGUUCUCACUGCUACACUCCCACCAGCACCAUCACAGGUUGCAGAUGCCAUGGCAACUUCAGGAAGUUGCCCUAUGUGGACUAAAAAGGGGAGGAAUGAACAGUCCACCCCUUGUUUAGUAUGUAAUCGAGAAAUAACCAUAAAAGUGGGCAACCAGCAGCCCUCAGGGUUGCUCUGUCUAUGGAGCAGUCCUUCUUUUGUUCCUUUACCACGUUAAUAAACUUGCUUUCACUUUA